CAUAACGUUAAAACAUUAAAUGAAAUUAUUACAAUAAAUUCGUAAUAAGUGUUGUCUCUUUCGUGAUAUAAAUAUAUCUUAGUCAUCUAGUACAAUUAUAACGUAAUUUGUGAAAAUAAUCAACAAAUAGUUAAUGUGGCAUGUGUUGUUAAAAAUUGUGGUUACAAUUAGAAAAACAAAUGGCUAGUAGUACUUUAGAUGCAAUUGAUUGGGAAGAUCUAAGAAAGCAGGCGAGACACUUAGAAAAUGAAAUCGAUGCAAAGCUUGUAGCGUUUAGCAAAUUAGGUGUAAACACACGUUCUAAAAAUGUAACACCAGACGAGGUUCCACUUUUAGAUGAAGAACAUGUGUUUGAAAACAUGGCCUUGGAAAUAGAAACAUUAUUAACUAAAUUAUUUACCGUUAAUGAGAAAAUGAGCGAAUUGCAACCAAAUGGAGCAGCUAUGUUACACACCAUGCAACGUCAUAAGGAAAUAUUAAAAGAUUAUAAAUUGGAAUUUAGUAAAAUUAGAAACAAUUUUGCUAUUAGAAAAGAUCGUGAAGAUCUCUUGGGUAGUGUACGGAAGGAAAUAGACAAUUACAAAACAACAUCUGGAUUAAACCGUAGAGAAAUGUAUUUGAAAGAAAAUCAACAUAUUCAUAAUUCUGACCGCUUGAUCAAUGAUCAAAUAAGUAUAGCGAUGGAAACACGAGAACAUUUAAUUACUCAAAGACAAGCAUUCAAACGUAUACAGACUAGAUUUAAUGACAUUUCUAAUCGAUUUCCAGCAGUGAGUAGUCUGAUACAAAGAAUUAAUUUAAGGAAAAGACGAGAUUCAUUAAUUCUUGGAGUCAUCGUUGGAUUCUGUACGUUCCUUAUGCUCUUGUAUGCAUUUUACUGAACGACAAAUGCAUAAGAAAAUACUUCCACACCCGUUAAAAGUUAAUUCCAUUGAAAGAAACAUUAAAAUGGUUGACAGAAAUAACUAUAUAUGUAUAAUAGUUACUAAAAAACAUGUAGAAAUUACGAGAAAGUUGUAAGUAUAUUUGAAUGCUCUAAUGAAUGAGAAUAAUGUGUGACUGAGAGAAAGAUUGUUAUGAUUAACAAUUACAUUGGCAAAAUUAUUGCAUUGUACAGUUUUCUUUUUUUUUUUUUUUUUAUACCAAAUGUAUUA